GAACAUCACCAGCAUUUCCAGCGUCCCCAUCUACAAAAAUUGAAAAGUCGCCGGAUCUGCUCUGUUUCCUCCCCCUUUGCUGCCGACUGCUGCUGGUUUCCUUCCUGGUAAAACCAGCCCAUAAAUUCCUCUUUUCAGCUUUAGUUUGUGUGAGUUACUCUAAUUCUCCUUUCUUCCAAUUGCUAGAAGUCUGCGUGAAGCUCCCCUGCCAUUUUUCCCGCCGGCACUUCCUCAUCCCGCCAGCUCCAACUUUGCUUGUUGGGGGAUUUUUGGAAAUUAGUGGGUUUGAUUGUUGUGUGAUGUCCGAGAGAAAAAGGGGAAAAUUCUGUGAAUUGGCCUUUUUGUCAAGGCCGGUCCUUGAUUGUCCUGUGGCCUUAGCACUUGGAUUAGGCCUUCCGUCCUGUGUGAUUAAGUGGUGGCGGGACUAAACCCGUUUUAUACAAAAGUAAGUAUGAUUGAUUUGAAAUGAAAUUUUUAUGCUUUUCAUUAAAUUGAGCAUGCCUACUUGAAAUUUGAUUGAUUGUCCUAAUGAUUUGAAAGUGAUUGGUAAAGAAUGAUUUUCUGUGAACUUCUGCCUGUUUUGUCUCCGAUAUGGUUAUGUUAUUGAUUGUAAUCCUGCUAGUGGGGGUUAAACGCUAGCACAUGUCGACAUGUUAUUGAUAGAACCGGUUCGUUCAAGUGUAGCCUGCCAGUGGGAAGUUUAAUACACUGGCCAUGACCUA